UUGGGCCUUUUCAAACGGCCCAUAUUUACGGCCCAAGACAAUGAGGUAGGGUUUAUCUUCGAUGUAUACAUAUUUUAUCAACGCAGUCGCCAUUCUAAAAUAGAAGCAGAGCUCCACUCCUUCCGCCACGGCCCCAACCCUCGCUACCAUAAAUCAUGAAGCAUAACAAUGUUAUCCCAAAUGGGCACUUCAAGAAGCACUGGCAAAACUACGUGAAAACUUGGUUUAACCAGCCUGCCCGAAAGGCCAGGAGAAGGACCGCACGACAAGAGAAAGCUGUUAAGAUUUUCCCCAGACCUACGGCUGGACCCCUUCGUCCCGUUGUCCGUGGGCAAACACUGAAGUACAACAUGAAAGUCAGAGCUGGCAGGGGAUUUUCUCUUGAGGAGCUUAAGGCUGCAGGCGUCCCUAAGAAACUUGCCCCAACUAUCGGCAUCUCUGUUGAUCACCGCCGCAGAAAUAGUUCGUUGGAGGGUUUCCAAACUAAUGUCCAGAGACUGAAGACAUUCAAGGCUAAGCUUGUUGUCUUCCCGAGACGUGUUCGCAAGUUCAAGGUAAAAUGGGCCCUUGAACGAAUGAAGCUUUUUUUUUUUCUAGUUAUUGUGGAUCUCUUAUACGCGCAUCCCUUUCUCUUUCAGGCCGGCGAUUCUACUCCCGAGGAGCUGGCUACAGCGACACAAGUUGCUGGUCCUUACAUGCCUAUUGUUCGUGAGAAGCCGACUAUGGAUCUUGUUAAGGUCACGGAAGAGAUGAAAUUGUUCAAGGCAUACGACAAGCUGCGUCUGGAGAGGACGAACGCUCGCCAUGUUGGUGUUAGGGCCAAGAGGGCGGCUGAGGCCUGAGAAGGAAGAUAAGAAGUAAAGCAAUUAGAAUGAGUUCAGAGGCAACAAAUUGUUGGAUUUGCAUUGUUGCUUAUAUUUAUAUCUUUUAGUUGUCUGAAUUUUGACACAACGUGCAGCCAGGUCUAUGUUUUCGGACUGUUUCAGAUUUUGUAGUUAAUAUUAUUAUUCUAAUAUAAAUUCAUGUGCUUGCCA